AUGCCGUCUGCUGUCCUCUCCCGCCCAUCCGACCGGACGCCUUGGACAGACUGGAUCAAUUCACCACAGUGCCAUGGAUGGUGUGGGCCUGCGACUGCCCUUGUAGACAACCAAACGAUGCCUCUUUCCCGCUCAGCCCCGAGGACCGACCCAGAACGUCGCUUUUCUCUUCACGCCGCGUUUGACACCACUUCAGACGGACCAAGCCCGGUGAGGCUUCGUCGACGAGCCUCCCAAGGCUCUCUUCGCACCAGACCAUCUCCCGUUUCCCGAUUUCUCUCCAAGAGCAGCGUGGCCGUGCAUUUCCCCUCUUGGGACCAGCGGGGCUCUUCUCCGGGCCCUUCGUCACGGAAUCGGUCGACGGAAUCUCGACUGCGCUUGUCGACCACCGUGUCUCGCGGGCCGAGACCGUUGACGGCUCAUUCUCGCUCUCCCUCCAUCUCCACGUCUCCGUUGAACUCACCCCCUUCCUCGUAUCAGUCGGAUUAUCCCACCGCAUUGCCGCCCACGCCCCCCGAGGACGACAGUCACGUCGUCUGGAACCCCAAAUCAGAAAUGUUGCUGUUUGACGACCAUCCACACCAAGAGCCGGGCUCGUCGGCCAGGAUCGACGAGGUAACCAGAAUGGACAGUUCAUCGACAGGCCGUUCGGAUACGUUGAGCAGUGCCUCAGACCGGUCUUCUCACGGAUCCUCCAGUUCGAGCGGGAGCCCUGGUCCUCACGAUGAGAUGGAUCUACAACAGGACGGGGGGUCAUGGCUGGACCAUGGAAUCAACGUCACCGUGUCUUCGUUGGCAAGCUCCAAUCCUCGAGGCGACGCCGUUAAAAUUGUCUCACAAACUCUUCCCUAUCCACGACCUUCCGACCAAGCCGUUUCCCUUCCCCGAAACGACAGCAUCUUCUACUCCAUUGUCCGCGCUGUCCACGAUCACCUUCAGCCGGGCCAGUCUCCUUAUAUUAAUGUGACCCACGCCGUCCCCGAACAAUUCUCUCUCUCCGACCUUCCCCAUUCUCCUCCCAGCACGCCUCGUUCUCCCACCGCCGCCGACGAACUCUUCAAUGCCACCGUCUUCUCCAGCGCGGCCGUGGUCGGUGCCUAUCAUGACUACCGCGGGCCCAUUCAACGACAGGUCUCUCACGCUCCGAUGCCUAUCGUACCGCCUCAUAGUGUUCACAUCUCCGUGCUCGAGAGGUAUCUCCCGCCUCCGUCGGCGCAGGAGUACCGAGAUGUCUUCUGUGCCACACGACCGUCAUUUUUGGUCGACCGUCUCUCCGAGCUGUCUCCGGACGGCGGCUCUCUCCUGUUUGUGUACCCUACAAAGAAGGGCGCAUCCACAUUCAAGUCUCAAUACUUGGGACCCCUCCUCGACCCAUUACUCCGCCAAUUGGUGGUGGUAAAUGGUCUUUCGGCGGACGUCGGUCGAUACCUGGGCAAAAUGUCCACGGUAUCUAUGAUGGAUGACUUUGCUACGAUGAAGGCCAACCUCGUCGCGCUGUGUGAAGACCUCAGCUCCUCGUCAUCUCAAUUCCAGAUUGUUGACGCCGGCAAGAGCAGUGCUCGUCUUGACCGUGAUCUUUGGGUGGAGUGGUAUAUUCACCAAGAGAAGGCACGGAUCAAGGAGGUGCUCAACUUGUACUCGCAGAACUCGCGUCGCUUACCGGUGAACAAAGCCCUCACUACCGGCGUUGCCAACAGCCUCAUGCCCGAUAAGGAAGUCACCUCUUCCAUGCUUUUGGGCGAGAUUUUCGAAGGCAUCCGCAAACGCCGCUACGGCGAGGAUAACGAACCUCGAGAUGGAGUGGAGUUGGGCGUCUUUGUGAUUCGCCGGACUCGUUGA